UCCUAGUUACAGGAGCCUUCUCUCACACAUUCACUGCUCUCACAUGCCCUCUCGCUUGGAUAGCACACAGUCUCUCAAACUCCAAACUCUUACUUCUUGCUGCUGCCUUUAUAUCAUCAUUUCUGAUAUAACACACAGCUCUGGCACUGAAGACUAUUUGUAACAAAAAAAAGAUUGUCCAGGUGACCGACCUGUGCGUUCAGCUUCAUCCUAACUUCAGAAGGUUCCUUGGCGGGUAGGAAGGCACCACACUGACCCGCCAUGUUUCUGGUUCUGGUGGUUACAGAGGAGCUGAGGGAGUUUCUGGCCCGGGCACGGAGUGGAACCGGCCGCCUCAUCCAGGUGUUGAUCAGAGACGAGCAGCUGGUGCUGGGGGCAUACAGAGAACCACGUCAGAGCUGGGACAAAGACUAUGACCACUUCCUGCUCCCCCUGCUUGAUCCUCACGAGCCCUGUUAUAUUCUGUACCGCUUGGACACCAAGAACGCUCAAGGCUAUGAGUGGCUCUUCAUCUCCUGGUCACCUGACCAGUCUCCUGUCCGGCAAAAGAUGCUGUAUGCUGCUACUCGUGCCACGGUUAAGAAAGAGUUUGGUGGUGGACACGUCAAAGAUGAAAUGUUCGGCACAGUUGAGGAGGACGUUUGUCUUCAGGGUUACCUGCGACACGUGACUUCAUGUUCUGCACCAGCACCCCUGACAGCAGCUGAACAAGAGCUACAGCGAAUCAAAAUCACAGAGGGAAGAGUUAAACAGGUGAAAACUGAGAUCAGCGUGGACCCCAAACAUCAGACUCUACAGGGUCUUGCUUUCCCUUUGCAGGCCGAGGCUAAACGUGCUCUACAGCAGCUCGCAGAGAGACGCAUCAACUACAUUCAACUAAAGCUAGAUACCGAGAAGGAGACGAUUGAACUCGUGCACACCAGCCCAACAGAAAUCCGUGAUCUACCCAGCCGGAUCCCUCUUGAUACACCCAGAUACCACUUCUUCCUCUACAAACAUUCACAUGAGGGAGACUACCUCGAGUCUGUGGUGUUCAUAUACUCCAUGCCAGGAUACAGCUGCAGCAUCAAGGAAAGGAUGCUGUAUUCCAGCUGUAAGAGUCGACUUUUGGAAGAGGUGGAGAGGGACUUCCGUCUAGAAGUGGCUAAAAAGUUGGAGAUAGAUAGUGGAGAGGAGCUGACAGAGGAGUAUCUGUAUGAUGAGGUCCAUCCUAAGCAGCAUGCCCACAAGCAAGCUUUUGCCAAACCUCGUGGCCCUGCUGGGAAGAGGGGAAACAAGCGUCUAAUCAAGGGAGGUGGAGAGAACGGUGGCCACAGCUAGGAAGAGAACAUGAAAAAGAAACAGAUGAACUUGAGUUGUACCCUAAAUGUUCUACGGUUCCCUUUUUAUGCCUGUUUGCAGGAUAAUUUGUUCAUCCUGCAGCGAGUGAAGGAAAAAUUGGAACACUGUGCUCAGCUGUUAAUUCACAAAUUUUGUUUUUACUUUCUUUGGCUUGUAUUACUUUUUACUUAAUGUUUUAGGGGUUUAUUCAUUUGGUGUGAUAAUGUGCAUAUAUUUAAGAGAGAAACUCAGGAAUUAAUUUUAUCUGUAAAUUUUCUGAGCAUAUUUUUGUUACGUAAUCUCAUACAUAUGCUCUCGAAACUCAGUAUAAUUUUAAGCAUAUUCAAAAUGUGGAUUGUGAAAGAUGCUAGAUUACUUAUAUUUUAAAUGUUUUUUUGUGUGUGUGUUUUUUUUUAACAGACAAUGAGUUUUAUCCAAGAUUUAUUUUUUAAAAACUGAAGCAGUCACAAGUCCUACCGAACCGACAGCCAUUUCAUAGAAGAAAUCACACUCAUACACAUUCACACCACAGCCAAAUGUGACAUGCAGACAGAAUGGCAUACGACAUACAUGGCUAUGUGAGAACUAGCCAGUUGGUUAAGUAACAGAUAUGUAGCAAGAAUAGGAUAUGUUAAAAGGUUCAGAUUUAGACAUGUCAUUCACAUUCAUUUCAUGUUUCAUAUUUUAAAAAUAUAUGAACGAUUUAUAGUUACAGUUGGUUCUCUCAGGUUUUGUUUUAAAUGUCUCUUAUCUUCAGUCAUUGACGUACAUCAUUCAUUCAUUCAUACAUCACGCUCGACAGUAUUCAAUGUCAAACACAGUUUGUGUACAAACUUCUUUUAUUAAAUCAGAACAAUUCCAAAUAAACAUUUUUAUAUGUCAAAUAUCAACCUUUUCCAGCACUGAGAAUACGAGUGUCCAAUUGAGUGACUAAUUCAGCAACUAUCAAGUGAAAUGUUUAAAAUAUUUGUCAGCAACUAAUGUAAAGUUGUAUCAGAACAAAAUCAUUUUAUUUGAUUUCAUGCUUAUGGGUAUCAAACAUGGAUCUUUCUUUUUUGUUUUUGUUAUUUUUUUGUGUUAGUUGGUCAGUGACUACAUUGAAAGGUAAUUUACAAGAUAAUCAAACUGCAAUUAUUAGUCAUUUAAAAUCUACAGCCCACUCAUGCAUUGUAUAUGAACAUACUGAACAUGCAUAAAUAAAAACAUUCGCUGAG